CAAGCCAAUCAGCAACAGCCGUGUAGGUGGACUGAGACUGACAGACACAACAGCUCUAGGAAGAUGUUGACAGCAGUUCUUAAGUUACUAUUGGUCCUGGUGAUAGGAUUAGUGAGUUUAGGUGGAGGUGUUGUAGGUAAGAUAGCAGAGGAACAAUGUCACACCUUUGCUGGAGGAGCUGUCUAUCCUAACACGGAAGGAAGGGCGUCUGGUCAUAACCUGCAGUGGACUAAGGCUAUGAUAAGUAAACCUGCACCAGCAUGGGACGGUACAGCGGUAAUUGACGGUCGGUUUCAGGAGCUGAAACUCUCAGACUAUCGUGGCAAAUACCUUGUCUUCUUCUUCUACCCCUUAGACUUUACUUUUGUCUGUCCGACCGAAAUUUUAGCAUUCAACGACAGAGUGGAGGAGUUUAGGAAAUUGAAUACAGAAGUUGUCGCUUGUUCCAUUGAUUCUCACUUUACUCACCUCGCUUGGACCAACACCGCUCGUAAGGAUGGUGGUUUGGGUAAGCUGAAGAUACCUCUGCUGUCUGAUAUCACACACAAGAUUUCAAAAGACUAUGGAGUUUACCUAGAAGAUCAAGGUAUUGCUCUCAGGGGUUUGUUCAUUAUUGACGACAAAGGUGUGUUGCGUCAGAUAACGAUGAAUGACCUUCCUGUUGGACGCUCGGUGGAUGAAACCCUUCGCUUGGUACAGGCAUUCCAGUUUACUGAUGACCACGGGGAAGUUUGCCCCGCUGGCUGGAAGCCUGGUGAUGACACUAUCAUCCCUAAUCCCCAGGAGAAACUCAAGUACUUCAAAAAGGCAAAUCAGUAGUGGUCAGUGCUGAGGAGGUAAAACUUAACAUUCUUGAGGGGAGUAUUCCAGGAGACAGGGGAGGAAACCCCUAACAUUAUAAUUCAUUCACAAAACAAAUGCUUACAAGUGAACCACAAAAGAGUAGCUCUUAAGGUAUAGUAUUGAGUAAGAGGAAUAUUUAUACCAUAAGUAAGGACCAAGUUUGUCAUUGUUUAAAUUGUUACAAUAUGCACAAAAUUAGUUCUGCAUACUUUUUUUUCGGUGAAUGAUGCUUUUCUCUUCUGUGAAACUUGCUGAAAGAAUUAUGGUCCAACUCUUUUUAUAGAUAAUCUAAACUGAAAUAAUUAUGGUCCAACUCUUUUUAUAGAUAAUCUAAACUGAAAUAAUUAGGUGGCACUAGUAGUUUUGUUGCUCAGUUUCAGUCAGGUGUUAAGAGUAUUUUUUCUCCAACUUUUGGCAAAAUGUAUGGGUCAUAACAAGAUUUCCUGUGUGAGUUGGAAUGGUAGAACCUGCGGCUAUCGUUGAUCAUGUAGUCUCGGUUAGAUGAAAGGAAGUACAGUACUGUAUAUACAACUCCUUAGACUGAAGUUGUGAGUACAUUCAGACAGAUGAAAAGAAACUUGUGAUUUGCCCUGUAUCUUGUUGCUCAGGAGCUUUCAAGCUUAGGAAUAGAUCAUUUUAGAAUGUGGUCUUUGUCCAAGAAAAAUGAUGACUGGAGCAAACUGCUUUUGGUUCACUGUCUCAGUUACUGGGAAACGUAUUAAUUUUAAGCUGUUUUACCAGCCCUGUGUGUGGCUUGUCAGUGAUUUUGUUGAUACAAAAAAAUGUUGAUGAAGCAUUCACUGAUGGAGGAAAUUUGAUUUAUAGACUGACUCAGCGUGUGAAUAACUUGCCAUUGUUCCUGUCAUGGAGAUCAAGGGAUUUUAGUGAGUAAAGUGUUCCUUGUUAUUGAUAAGGAAGUAUUAGGAUUGAAAUAUGUUUGGAUUACUGUAUCAGUAAAUGCUUGCGAGUGCUACUUGGAAGAGGUAUUGUGGUUACAAGUCUUAUUUUUUUAAACAUUUCAUUUGCAGUGAACAUUCUUCUCGUGAAAGCAAUUUACACAGGUUUAUCAGAAAGAAUUUUUGUAUUUUCAUUGGUGUAGCUUAUUGUGACUGUCAAAGGUAAAGUUAUUGUUGAUGGUGGAUCAGUUUUGUGGGAGAAGUAGAGGGGGAGGCUUACACUUGUAUUGAUGAUUGUGUUCUGUGUCCACAUUGAAACCUCUCUUCACUGUCUGGUCUGCUACAGGUCCUUAACAUUUACAUUUUUUUUCUUCAUAUAUGACUGCUAAUGCCCCUUUGUAUAUUGCUAUUAACUCUACCUAGACUUAUCUUCUCUUUUUUUUCCCUGUUUAUUGCCACUUUAUUUCCUCUACUUAUUACCACAGCUUCUUAUUGAGUAUAUUUGUUGAGGCAUCUCCCAUCCAUUCCACACAUUCUUGCUUCCCAGUACAGGCAUGUGGCAACUACGGCAACCAUGCUGAUAACCAGUGUUCCUUGAAGUGUGUUUUAACGUAACAGUGGCUGGGAUAUUUAGUUUAAAAUUUUAUAGGAAGGCAAAGAUUCUCGUGCAAGGGGGUGCAUAUUGUUACAAGUUCUCAUAUAUACAUGUAAUACAGUGAAACCUCCAUAUAGUGGACUUCUCUCUUCAUAUAAAUUGUUAGAUGGGCGUUUCACAUCCAACAGACCCUCAAUAUAAUGGACUUUCAUAUUUAUAUAGUUCAUUAGAUGGGGGUUUCAUGUUUUAAUAGACCCUUGAUAUAAUGAACUUUCAUCUUAAUAUAGUCCAUUAAAUAGAGGUUUCACUGUAGUUGCUUGAUCAUUUUACUGAAAAUUAAUAAUUUCUAAUGAAUAAUUAUCUCCCCAAAAUGCCAUACUGUAUAUGGUAUUAUGAGUAAUUACAGAAUAAUCUAGAAAAUUCCAUCUUGCAAAAUAAACCCUUCUACUUUUCUAGCAAGCCACAAGCAGGUGGUAUCUAAGAAAGUUGUAAAAUUGUAUCUAUUGUUCAUGUUCUGGGAAUUGACUACUGGUAAUCAAAUGUUGUUUAUAGAAUUUUGGAAACCUUUGGCUAAUACAGUAUACUGGACUGUAGUUGGGUCUCAAAAUUCACAAUAUCAAUCUAAAUGACAUUUGUAGUUGUAUUUUAUCAUUAACUUUUAAAACGUUUUGUGAGACUGUUUGACUGUGAAAGUCUUUUAAUGAAUAUAAGUUUAAACACAGAGCUUAAGUUAUAUUUAAGUGAAGCUUUAGAUGUUGGUCUAUGAAGGUUAAGAUUACAGUACAGUACAAUUUUUGUUAUUUUUCAGAUUUGGUUCACAAUUGGUUUUGUUGUUGAACUUUCUAAUUUUUCAUUAAAGUUUUACAUAACA